AUGUCGCUUCCUGAUAUUCACAAUACCGCGACGAUAGGGAGCGUCCAAUCUACCGACUGCUUCGUCAAAGACUACUGGCCACCUGAAACUCCUCCCUCCCCAUCGAUAAGCUCUACCAGCUCCUCCAGUUCUUCUAGCUCUCCGCACCCCUUCGAUAUCGCCGACACCGCUACGCUGGCUCUCAAGAUCGUCAGAACGAACGGUACAGGCACGAGAGCGGUGGAUAAGCCUGCAAUCGGUAGCAAGAAGAUCGGAAGUCACAGAGAUCGCCUCAAGCUUCGAUUGCUGCGAAAUCGCGUCCGUACCUCGUUCAAAGCCAAGACAGCCGUCUUCCGAGCAAAGCAAGCGAGACAGAAGGAACGAGCAGCGCGGAAGGUGCUGUAG